CACCUUCAGUUGUGAAGAAGACCCCAAGGCUUGAACACAAUAUUAUGACUUAAACAAAAUGUAUAUUCAGUGUAUACUGAUAUUUGUAUUUUCCUUUAUUUGUUGUGAUUCAUUUACAAUUUACAAAAAGUCGGGUCAUCAAAUAGCCGAAAGCGAAUCAGUAUUGGAUCCAAACGGAGAUAUAUCGAUAAAAUGGCGAGUUAAUUACUCAAUUAAAAAAAUUCACUUCGAAGUUCGGCUUUCUGAAAAAGCUCCGGCGUCCAAUUGGUUCGCAUUGGGAUUCUCAGAUCGAGGCGAUUUCGAAAAUGCUGAUUUAUGCUUAGUAUGGACGGAUUAUAAUGAAAUUGAUCAUUUUGAGGAUAUGCACUCUGACGAAAAAGGAAAACUAUUACACGACGCUAAUCAGAACUGCGAUGCUUUUUACGUCAACGCUAAAGGUCGUUGUUUAACUUUUGAACGUUAUUUUGACACGUGCGACGACGACGAUUAUAUUAUUGAGGAUGGUACAGUACACAUUAUCUGGGCCCGUGGUACAGAUAAGCUUUUCUCAGCGAAAGGCCUAUGUCUGAAUUGCACCUCCCCUCACGACCACGGCUUCAUACGUGUUCGACUGCUAACUCCAACUGGAAUAUCUCAAGAAAAAGCUGAAGAACUCUCCAUCACGAACAAGAACCUCAAAGUACCGAGUUCUGAUACGACGUAUUGGUGCAAAGUUGUUAAACUUCCAGAAUUCGUUACGGAGAAAGUGCAUCACAUUAUCAGGUUCGAGUCUACAAUUACAAAAGGCAAUGAGGGAUUGGUGCAUCACAUGGAGGUUUUCUACUGUGACGCGGAUCCUAAGCAGGAAAUACCGCUCUAUGAAGGCAACUGUUUUGCACCGGAUCGACCAGAUUCUACUAAAGUGUGCUCAAAGGUCAAAGCGGCAUGGGCCAUGGGAGCACCACCUUUUGUAUACCCGAAGGAAGCUGGUCUACCACUCGGUGGAAGAGCUGCUAACAAAUACGUCAUGCUGGAAGUACAUUAUAAUAACCCGGAAGUCAAAGAUGACUGGAUAGACAGCUCCGGUAUCACUCUUCAUUUGACAGCUAAUAGACGACAGUAUGACGCAGCUAUCAUGGAGUUAGGCCUCGAAUAUACGGACAAAAUGGCAAUCCCCGGUGGGCAAAAAGCCUUCCCGCUCACCGGAUAUUGUAUACCACAGUGUACUGGAGUGGGCCUUCCAAAACAAGGUAUCGUUGUAUUCGGAAGUCAACUUCACACACAUUUGACCGGUGUCGCCGUAUGGACGAGACAUUUCCGGCAGGGAAUCGAACUUCCUGUUCUCAAUAGAGACGUUCAUUAUUCAACACAUUUUCAGGAGAUAAGGAUCUUGCAUCGGCCUGUAAGGGUUUUGCCGGGUGAUUACUUAAUGACGACCUGUCUAUACAACACAGUUGGCAAGGAAAACGCAACGAUCGGUGGUCACGCGAUAACAGACGAAAUGUGCGUUAACUAUAUGCACUAUUACCCAGCUAGCGCACUGGAGGUCUGCAAAAGCGCUGUUUCGAACGCCGCUUUAGAAAAAUAUUUCAAAUUUGAAAAAAGAUGGAACAACAUGCCUAUAUCGUAUAAAGCAUCGCCUCGUGCCAACUAUUUGUCGAUAAAACCAUGGACUCCCUUAAGAACGAAUACCUUAGAUAUGUUGUAUAGUGAGGCACCUAUCUCCAUGCAGUGUAAUAAAUCUGACGGUAAUCGCUUCCAGGGUGAUUGGGAAGGAAUAGACAUACCAAAGAUCAAACUCCCCUUGAAACCAGUGCUAAGGCAAUGCCCAAGUUAUUAACAUUUAUCUUAAAUAUAAGUUCUAUAAUAUAUAAGGAAAUAAUUAGUCAUUGUUACAAAAGAAAUAUUUAACAGUAUAAAUGUAUUUGUAACACAAAAUUGUUGCCAAAUUGCGUUACCAAGUAGUAAAUAAAAUAUUAUAUUUAAAAUUAAAAUUUUUCUUACCCUAAAAAUUAUUAUAUCGUACAUAAGGGAAGAUCGUUACCCUUCGUACGCAGGGCACAAUCAUACAGUCAAAAUAAAACUUGAACGAAACAAAGUAAGGUCUUGCUUUUGUAUGUGUGCAUGAGUAGGUACCAACUUUACGUCAACGAAGUUUCACGAAAUUCGCGACGAUGACAGUGAAAUUACAGGCAUGGACGUGUUUUGACACUCGAUAAGUAAUUUUUUGAUCAAAUUUUUUUGUCUAUUGUUAGGUACCGUAGAAAAAAUAAGUUUUCAUGUAGAGAAUUCUAUCAGUAACUAGCAAAAUAUCCUUAAGAUACAUCUCUAAUGCUUAAUCUAUGACCCUUCCCUAUUAAUAUUAAAAUAAGUUAUGUUUUGUUGUUAUUCAGUUAGUGGGGCACUUUCGGACAGCACUAUACUUUGAACAAAUCGUAGAACAGGGGGUUUAGUCAAGCUAAUUAAAUUUCUAUGAAAAUUUGUCGACACGAACUGUCAUUUUCACACAAUUUAAGUUUUCGACUUUCUACAUACACCACUGUGCAUCUUGAUUUAAAUCCUUUGGUAGGUAGGUACGAUAAAGUGUGUUAAUUGCUAAUUUUUGCAUUAACUUUGCCCUGUGUUGGUAUCAUUGCUAUCGUCGAUGUACAUACAUUUUA